UUUGGCUGCAGAGCUCAGCCUCGCUCCUCGCGCAACAAGCAGUACGAGUAGAUAGCCUCUCAGUGUUGAGCCAGUAGGACGCAGCGUCCGGGCAGCGAACAGCACGCCGGUUCGGACGCCGCGCCUCGUUCUCGCAGUUUCCUUGGGCUGGCUGAUGGCGAUGGGGAGGCACGCUCCUGCCCUGCUCGCUCUGGCGGUGGCGUCGCUGCUCGCUGCCGUGAGCGAUGGCAUCAGACCGGCUCCUGCUCUGGAGCAUGGGGCGACGACGGUGGAGAUGACCAUACCUUCGGUGCAGGAGCAGGACCUGGUGCUGCGGGAGGAGGAGGUGCGCGCGACGGGGUCGAGCCUGCCGGACUGCUCGCACGCGUGCGGGGCGUGCUCGCCGUGCAGCCGCGUCAUGGUCAGCUUCAAGUGCUCCGCGGCAGAGCCGCUGCCGUGCCCCAUGGUCUACCGCUGCAUGUGCAGGGGCAAGUGCUACCCGGUGCCCUCCAGCUAGCUCUCGCCCGGUGACGCCGCGCCACGAGGCCACGGCGGCGCGAGCAGAGAACAAGCAAGCUCUGGCGCGCACCGCUGCACACGCGUGGAGCACCUACGCAUCUUUACGCUGAUGAAUGAAGCAUUGUACGUCGUCGCCCGAGCUUACGAAGACUUGAGCGUGUGUUGGUUGUGUGCCACACCGUCCGGGAUAGUUUUGUAAAUGAUGAUGGUCGAAGAUGAGUAGUUAGAUAGUUAUUAUUAGCUUAUUAGGCGAGUACGUGUCCUGUGAGAAGAGAGAUUCUCGAUGAGCCAGUAAUUUUUGGGAUAUGCCAGCAUGCCUCGGUGCCUUUAGUUGUUGUAUCUAUUUCCCUUAUUUAUGAUUUCACAUACCUAUU